UGUAAAUAAAUACACCAAACACUGGAAUAAUUAUUUUCUCCACAAAUUUCGUGUGUUGUUCAACAGUCGAUGAUAGGACCAAAAAAUGGGUGGUUUUUUGGAAAAACCGGAAACGGAAAAGAAAGUUGAGCAGGGUUCCGGGAAUGGACUUCGGUAUUGCUUGAGUUCAAUGCAAGGUUGGCGAUUGGAAAUGGAAGAUGCCCACUCAGCUGUUUGUAGCCUGAUGGAGCCUUUUAAAGACUGGGCGUACUUCGGAGUUUUUGAUGGUCAUGCAAGUAAUCAAGUAUCCGAGUUCUGUGUCGAGCAUCUUUUGAAUACCAUAACGCACUCCAAAGAGUUUUCGAUGUUGAGAUUCCCGGAGGGAAUAAAAGAAGGUUUCCUGCAGUUGGAUGAGGACUUGAGAAAGGUGAAUAACGAUAAGCCCGGCGGGUCCACGGCAACCUGUGCUUUCAUAUCGCCAGACAAGAUCUACUUGGCUAACUGUGGCGAUUCGAGGGCUGUAAUAUCGCGCGGUGGAGCAACAUAUAUUAGCACCAUCGAUCACAAGCCCUUUUCCAACAUCGAAAGGGAUCGCAUUCAGAAAGCCGGGGGAAGUGUGAUGAUUAAACGAGUGAAUGGCACCUUGGCAGUUUCCCGUGCACUGGGCGACUUCGACUUCAAGAGAGAUCAGUCCCGGUCGCAAGUUGAUCAGAUGGUAUCUCCCGAACCAGAUGUUACAGUCUGCGAUCGCUUGGAGUCCGAUGAGUUCAUAAUAAUUGCCUGCGAUGGCAUUUGGGACGUGAUGAGUAGCUCCGAAGUCUCUGAGUUUAUAGGAUCGCGGCUUUUGGUCACCAAAGACAUUCCGAUGAUUGUCAACAGCGUUAUGGAUAUUUGCCUCCACAGAGGCAGCAGGGAUAAUAUGACUCUUCUACUCAUUCUUUUACCAGGUGCACCCACCCUCGAUGAGGAUGCCAUCAAGGCUGAUCGAAAUCUUGAUAAGACUAUUGCCCAAAUUACAAGGGAGGUCAUUGAGAAGCACGAGAUUAACGACUUUGAAGUUCUUAUGCGACUUAUGAAGAGAAUGGCAAUCAACAUACCGAAUUUGCCCCCAGGCGGUGGUAUUUAUGCCAAAUAUUAUAUUAUUGAGCAAGUUUUCCAUGAGAUAUUUCCUGACGCCCCAGCUGAGAUUUAUGAUUUUUGUAAUGUGUAGACUUUGUUUUCUAUACUUAUGUUUACCUUAAAAAUAGUUAAAAACAGCCAGUGAUAAAAACUUUUAGGAAUUUA